CAGUUGUCGGAGUUGGAAAAACGUGUGCUGGAAGCGGAAACGAGAGCCGUGGAAGCGGAAGGAAAAGUGCGUGUUAUGGAGGAACGGCUACAAGCCGAAUGGACUACUCAUCAACCCGAUCAGGCGGAAAAGGAACAAGCCAUUAGCAAGCUGGCGACCCAGGUUGAGGAACAGCGUCAGCUGAGGCUCCAGGAUGCCAAAAUGGUCGAAGCAAAAGCGGCACGCAUCAAGGAAUGGGUGACCAACAAGCUGAGAGACCUGGAGGCUCAAAACCAGCACCUUAGAGAGCAGAAUCACAAGUGCAACCAGCAGCUGGAGUUGCUCAGGCGGCACAUGGCCCAACUGAGCGCUGACAAAAUGGCCRUGAGUGCUUGCGCUGGGACGUCGUCGCCGCGCACCAGCACGUCGUCCUUGCACAGGGCCAACAGUACUGGCUCGACACACGCCCUGUCCGACAACGAACCGGUUUACGCUCAGGUGGACCGGCACCAAAAAAGCCGGACGCCCGAACGGUCGCAGCGGACCCACCGCCGACACAUGUCCGCUUGCGUCCAAGUGCCGACCACCGAGUCCGCCGACGGCCCGGACAUGCCUGUCCACGAACAGUUGGUCAACGAUUUGACUUCCGCCGCCGAUUCGCUCAACCUCAACUCCGCGAUUAGACUCACUAUCAGUGGUACUUAUAUUACCGAGGAUGAUCGUGCCCGAAAUCGAAAAGCUGAUUUUCACUUUUAUGCCUUAACUGCCUUAACUGCAAGGGGAGAAAAAGCGCAUUUAGGCACCGCGUGUCCACUGUUUUUUCAGCAACUUUUAUUGUGCGCCACACAGUCGCUGUUCACRUGUGAUGCUGCCCUGGCAUCGUCUCCCACCAUCAGCACAACUCAGUCAGUGGUGCCUGGAUCACCAAACCACAGCAUUACUGCACCCUCAAGUCCAGCCACUUCAUCAUUACUAGACCACUGCAAAGCCAAUCCUCCUACCUACGUAUUUGUUCAGGGUUGGCAAUUAUUAGCAUUGGCUGUGUCUCUAUUUGUACCAAAAAACACCAAACUUCUUUGGUUUCUCAAAUUGCAUCUGAAACGCAAUAUUGAUAACAAGACUGAAUGUGGAAAAUAUGCUGCAUACUGUGAACGCGCCCUUGAACGAACAAUAUUGAAUGGCACACGAGAAGUGAAACCAUCCAGAAUGGAAGUACUGUCAAUUUUAUUGAAAAAUCCUUAUCACCAUUCAUUGCCCCACUCCAUACCCGUUCAUAUGCUYAAUGGGACUUACCAGGUUGUUGGUUUCGAUGGAUCAACAACUAUUGAAGAGUUUUUGUGCACGCUUAAUCAAGAAACUGGAUGCCGAGAUAGUCAACAUUCAGGUUUCACAUUGUUUAGCGAUGAUCCUAUUGAAAAAGACCUGGAACACUAUAUUGAAUCCCAAGCCAAGUUGUGUGAUGUGAUAUCCAAGUGGGAAACAGCAUUGCGUGAAAAGGGUUCUGGAAAAUUUGAAAACACUAGAGUCAUACGACUGAUUUUCAAGAACAGACUGUACUUCAAAUCAUUUGUGAAAAAGGAAWCUGAUCGAGAGAGAUUAUUGCUUUGUUAUCAAGUAAAUCAACAGGUGGUCCAAGGCAGAUUCCCACUUACUAAAGAGCUUGCAUUGGAGCUAGCUGCUUUAAUGGCRCAGAUCGAUUUUGGUGAGUUCAAUUGUGAUAAAAAUCGUGGUAGUGGCGGUACUACUAAAGAAUUACAA